GCCUCAACCAACAGUCAAGAGCAAGAGACUGAGAGGCUGAAAGAGAGAGAGAACAAUUCAUCACUGACGAAGAGUCUUUGCUGCCACCUCUACAAGUUCCAGCUUCUGACAACUUACCUGACAGAGAAAAUCUCUCCCUCUUUGAUUUUUUUUUUUUUUUAAAGAAAGCACUGAAAGAGGGCUAAAAUCAAGGAGACAAAUCAAGGAGACUCUCAGAAGAGCUUAGAUUAGCACAACUUAAAGAAAAGUUGAAUUUCCACAUCUCAGUGUACAUCACACUGUCUACCAAAACCAUGCAGAAGUGGGUGAGAGUAUCUGUGGCCGUGCUGCUGACAUGUCUGCUGCUGAGUGAGGCAUCUGCCCAGGGGUCCCUGAAGAAGCGCUUGGCCCCACCAAAACCCCCGAAAGGCCAGUGCUGUGACGAGGUGCGCUCCCUGAAGGUGCAGGUAGCGAACCUGACCAGCCUGCUGGAGGAACUCAGGGGCAAGCAGGAGACGGACCUGAUGACCAUCAUGCGACAGAUGAUGGAGCUGGACCAGCAGAGCCGGCGGCAGGAGGAGAGGGUCACCGAGGCCGAGAGCAAGUACUCUGAGAUCAACAACCGCGUGGAGAUCAUUCAGUUGCAGGGCUCCCAGGCGCACACGCGCACCUCGUCAGAGGCCCUCUACGACUGUGCAUCGCUAUACUCCAGGAACUACAAGAUCUCUGGAGAGUACAAGCUCCCGGCUGAUGAUUACCUGGGCACACCUGAGCUAGAUGUGUACUGUGACAUGGAUACCAAUGGCGGAGGUUGGACCGUCAUCCAGAGGCGCAAGGUUGGCCUGACCAGCUUCAACCGUGACUGGAAGCAGUACAAGAAGGGCUUCGGCACAAUCCGCGGGGACUUCUGGCUGGGCAACGAGCACAUCUUCCGCAUGACGCGUCAGCCCACCACGCUCAGGAUAGAGAUUGAGGAUUGGACUGGAGAGACUCGCUACGCUGAGUACGGCUUUUUCACCAUCAGCAAUGAGCUGAACAGCUACAAGCUCUUCAUUGCCAACUACAGCGGCAACGCUGGGGACUCCCUGCGCUAUCACAACAACACCAACUUCAGCACAAAGGACAAAGACAAUGACAAGUGUGUGGAUGACUGCGCUGCACUUCGCAAGGGUGGCUACUGGUACAACUGCUGCACUGACUCCAACCCAAAUGGCAUGUACUACCGCCAGGGCCAGCACAACAAGCACAGCAGUGACGGCAUCACCUGGUACGGCUGGCACGGACCCAACUACUCCAUGAAGCGUGUGGAGAUGAAGAUGAGACCUCAAGACUUCAGGCCUUAAAAGACUUUUAUCAAAUGAAAUAAACAAAUGAAUGACAAACAAAUGAACAAAGAAACAUACGUCUUCAUGGCACAAUGCUAAGUUCAAGGGAUUUUCGACACAGCCCUGGUAACAAAAUGUAAAGCCAACCAUGCCGCUUUUUUCCCAUAUCUGGGAAGUUCGUUUUUAUUUGUUGUUGUUGUUGUUGUUGUUAUUGAAUGCAGUACUUCUGGGAUUUGAAUGAAUGUGUGAUGGACCGUGUUUGAUUGUAAAUGAUGGGUGAUUCUUUUGUAUUUAUCUUGAAGUGUAUAAAAACUUUGGCUUUUAUGAAAGCAUUUUUUACCACUGUUCUAUAGAACUGUUUUAUAGUGUGUUCUAUAGUGAGUUUUGCCUUGUGUGUAUUGUUUGUGUGUUUUAUACGGUACGUCUAUUUUUAUUGUUGUUUCUAAAAAGACUAUGUAGUACUCACCCAACUAAGAAAUGCUCCGAAGCCACCAUUAUUACCAAGCCUCUGUGUUCAGUUAGAAAAGGGACGAUAAACUGACAGGUACAGAAAAGAUUAUAUUUUGUUCAAAAGUGUGUAAAAGUAAGUGUUCAAAACAAUGUAGACUGAAUGAAAGAAAUACAAAUGUUUGUAAAAUGUGUACAGUUCUUUAUAGUAUCUCAAUGGAUGAUGAUUCUAAAAAUAAAUUUGUAUUUUUA